AUGGCUUACGGUGAUUCAGUGCUUACCUCCGCUAUUGGAGCCAAUAGCUGGACUAGACAGCAGCUCAUGGAGAGUGUGCCGAAAACCAGUGUGCUGCUGCUGGUGAGCUUCAUCUUUAUCGUGUGCUGUUUGGCAGCGUACCUAGAGCGUUACCGACGCUUGGUGCGACACAUCAACCGUAUACCCGGUCCGGCAACGCUACCAAUCAUAGGCAAUGCCCUGCUUAUCAACGCUGACCGCGAAGAACUCUUUAAUCGCAUUAUCGCUUCGCGUAAACUAUACGGACGUCGGCAAGGCAUUACACGCAUCUGGAACGGCAUGACACCCUACGUACUCAUAUCCCAGGCGCAAGCCGUCGAGAAGAUACUCAGCAGCACCAAAAACAUAGAGAAGGGACGUGACUACGAAUUUCUUCAACCGUGGCUCGGUACCGGUCUGCUGACAAGCCCCGCGAGUAAAUGGCAACACCGCCGGAAGAUCCUGACGCCUACAUUUCACUUCCGCAUACUGUCGGACUUUGUGGAAGUGUUCAACAAGCAGUCGACGGUGCUGGUGGAGAAGCUGGCGCGAGAGGUAGACAACGAAGGUGGUUUCGAUUGUGUUCGCUACAUCACGCUGUGCUCGUUGGAUAUUAUUUGCGAAACUGCCAUGGGAUGUCCGGUAUACGCACAGCAACAAUCCGAUUCCGUGUACGUGCGGGCACAUGAGAAAAUCGGACAGAUCAUGCUCAACCGACUUCAAAGGCUCUGGUUGCAUCCGGACCUUAUCUUUCGAUGCACUCAGCAAUACCAGGAACAGCAACAGUGUCUGGACAUUCUGCACAAGUUCUCCUACCGCAUGAUCACGGAACGGCGCUCCAUUAUUGAGGCUGGGCACGCUAAGGCGGACCUGCUGGUGGACACCAACAACAACAGCGAAGCUGUAGAAUCACUUCAACACUCCGCCGCGGGUCGUAAGCAGCUCGCCUUUCUCGAUCUGCUGAUAGAGGCGUCCGACGGUGGUAGGGUGCUGUCCGAUACGGACAUAAGGGAGGAGGUGGACACAUUCAUCCUCGGUGGGCAUGAUACGACCGCCACCUCCAUCUCGUGGACUUUGUUCCUGCUCGGCACGGACCCCGCCGUCCAGGAAAAGGUAGUGCAGGAGAUCGAACAGGUGAUGGGCGGCGAUGCCGAACGGUGGCCGACAAUGCGCGAGCUGAACGAGAUGAGAUAUCUCGAGGCGUGCAUUAAGGAGGGGCUCCGGCUGUACCCGAGCAUACCGAUCAUUGGCCGCCGGUUGACGGAGGACGUGCGGCUCGCGGACCAUCUGCUGCCGGCCGGCACGAACGCUGUCAUCGUCGUUUACCAGCUGCACCGCGAUCCGGCCGUCUUUCCCAACCCGGACCGCUUCAAUCCGGACCAUUUCAUGGCGGAUGCGCCACACGUCGGGUCGAGGCAACCGCGCCACCCGUUCGCUUACAUCCCGUUCAGUGCGGGACCGCGUAACUGCAUCGGGCAAAAGUUUGGCGCACUGGAGGCAAAGGCGGUACUGGUGUCCGUACUGCGGCAGUAUCGCGUCGAAGCGGUCGAUCGCCGGGAGAAUCUCACCCUGUACGGUGAGCUGGUGCUGCGCUCCAAGGGUGGAUUAAAAAUACGCAUAACAAAGCGUAGAUAG